AUGCUCCUGGAAAUAUUCAUCUUGGUGGCGAUUUUAUAUGUGACUUGGUUUUACCUGUCCACUUAUGCAGUCAGACGAAAGUUACCAAAAGGUCCCAUACCAAUACCUCUGAUUGGGAACGUUCUUCAAGUCGGUUUGGAUAUGCCAUUCUCAAUGGAAAACCUUCGCAGAGAAUUUGGAGACCUUUACACAAUUUCUCUGCCCAUUGGGACAUUUCUUAUUUUAAACAACACUGAAUUGUUUCAGGAAGCUUUCGUGACAAGAAAAGAUGAUUUUUCAGGCCGUGUUGACGAAUCACAGUUUCCAUUCAAUGUCAUAUUUGAAAACAAGGAUUUAGGAUUUACAAACCACAGCAGUGCUUACAUUUUUCGUCGAAGGGUGUUUUCAAAUGCCCUGCGCGUCUUUGGUGAAGAGAAAGUUCACGAAGAGUUUGACCGGGUUAUUGGAGAUUCCCGUCUCCCUUGUCUAGAAGAUGCUGAUAAUCUCCCGUAUUUUCAAGCUACAAUAUGUGAAGUUAUCAGACAUGCUGUUUCAAUUGCGUUGAUCAUGCGAUACAUCAUGAUGAAACGAAAUGGAAAAGCCCAUCCAGAUUCCUUCCUUCCCGUUUUCUAA